AUGGCCAACCUCUGGACCCUAGGACCCCUGGAUGACAUAAUGCCCGACAUCGACAACUGUCAUGUCCUCUGCUUUCCGUGUCCGAAUCAUCACCAGCCGCGCACCGGCGCCGUACUCAGGCACGCCUAUGGACGUCUCGUCAAGGAAACCCCGGUUCUUGGCGGCUUCAUCUUGCCGUGCAACGAUGGAACCAGCCGCCCGGGAACGAAGACGCUGCAGGCACCCGACUCCAAACCCGAGCUCGAGGUCAAGAACGCCACAGAGGAGGUGAACCUGUCGUACCAAGAGCUGAAGGCGUUGGGGAUGCCGCGCCGGUAUCUCCCUCCGUCUUUGGUUAUGCCAUCAAGAGCCACGUCGGAUUCCGGCAACCGUCGGACGACGGCUGCGAGAGCAACUUUCGUCGACGGUGGCUGCUUCCUGGCAUUCAACACGUCGCAUGCCUUGAUGGACGGCACGAGUGUGAUCAAUGUCAUGGCUGCCUUGGCGAAGCACGCAGCCGACAUAUGCAUCGCGGCCAAUGACGACGAGGUCUUGCCCGACGCCAACACUGGCCCGGAACCAGGCUUGACGCCUCGUUUCGGUCCUACUACAUCAGAUCUCGAGACCUUGAACCCGAAUGUACCGUCGUCGAGAUACGACACACUGAAACGAAACCCCCGCUCGUGGCAGAUGCUUGGACUGGACUACCGCCCCAGAGAGGAAUCGAGCACUGUCCUGGCUGCCAAGUUGCCCCCCAUGGACCCGGUAACUCGGAUACUUUCUAUCAGCAACGACGGCAUCCAACGUCUGAAGGACAGGUGUUCCGCCGAAGCGGCGGCGAACGACCCCGCUCAGUGGGUAUCUACGGCAGACUCGCUGGCGGCCAUCCUUUGGACCAGUAUCGUCCGGGCUCGCACGCGGAACCCAGAGCAAAACGCAGGCGAGGCCACGCUGUCGACGCUCAUGACGGCAAUGGACGUGCGAAGGCUCCUCCAGCCUCCCAUCAGCUCGACCUACCUGGGCAACGGAGUCCUCUACACCAGGUCCGAGUCAACGACGCAGGAGCUGUCGGGCCCCCUGUCCUGGGGGUCCGUCGCCCAGCUCGUACGGGCGAGCCUCCGGGAGCACCAGAAGCCCGAGGUCAUGCGCGAGACCCUGGAGCUCGCGGCGUCCAUCCCCGACGUCAGCGCCCUGGGCCUGCUGUACCCGACGUGGCUCGCCAACGACAUCGUGCUGAGCUCCAUAUACGGCCUCGGCUUCUACGAGCUGAACUGGGGACGCACCUUUGGCGGGCAGGAGACGGCGGAUUUCUUCCGCUUCCCGCUCGGCAUCUUUGACGGCAUCUGCUUCGUCCUACCGCGCCGCAGAGAUGGGUCGGCCGAGAUACAGGUUACCAUGCACAAGGAGCACAUGCAAAACUUACUAGACGACGUCGAGUUUCGUAGUUUCUUCACGGACGUAGUUUCGGAAGAUUGA